AUUUGUAAUUAUGUUAAAAGAUAUACCAACAUUAUGAGAAUCCAAAAUUCUGGUAUUAAUCGCGACAAAUAAGCGAUAAAUAAUUAACGCGAUAAGAUCACUUAUCAGUUACAAUAUCGACAGGUUAUCUUAUCUUUGAAACAAGUAUCGAUUUAUUAUUGAACUUCAAAUAAACAAGACUAAAGUAAAUCAUGUACAAAAUAAUUAGACAUUUAGAGAAUAGCGAGUAGAUUUAUGUGUACCACAAGCAUAACCUGUUUGUUAUCAUUUGACGCGCUUGAAUGGAACUUUUACUGCAAAUAUACUGUAGUAUAAUGCUGUAGACAUAACUCUUCGAUAUACAAUGAGUCAAGAAAAUGUGAUAACGUCCUUACUCAUACUGUAGUUCAUUACCUAAAGUGUCGAGUUUCAGAUCGGUCUCUUAGUUUCGCAAUCUGCAGUGUUAAGAAUUUAUACGUGAAUUUCGUUCCGGACGGUUAUGCAGUGAAUUUCAUUAGGAUAAUUCUGUUUUUGUAAUCUCACGGACAGUAAUAAUGCUUCGGUUUCGAGGGUUCAAGGCUUCGGUAAAUUUUAAAUCGGGGAAAACUAGUGGAAUCGAACACUAUGAUAGAUCUUCAGGAAUAUCUCUCAACGGUGCUUACAGAACAAAUAGAGAUGAACUAUUCGGGAGCGACCUAUAUUUGGAAACGCCGAAGAAAAUAACGCCCUCCAUGGUAAAGUUACCUAUGAAACAAUCUGCACAGUUCAUAAACCAAUCAAAAAGCACAAACAAUUUAACAAAACCUUCAAACGAAACAAUAAACACAAGGAAAAGCGCACCAGAUAUCCCGCAAGCAAUUAAUCAACAAGCAAAAAUUAAUGUUAAAGAACAAAAGAAGUUAGAAAAACAGCGUCUCGCCGAGCAGAAAAAACAGGAGAAACUUGCAGCGAAAGAGAAACAACGAGAAGAGAAAUUGAGAAAAGAGAGGGAGAAACUUAUUGUGCAACAAACUAGAGCAGCACAACAACAACCAAGGAAAGAAGAGCAAAAGAAAACGAAAAAACGGACUGCCCCUCAACCUCAGCCAAUACAACAAUCUACUUCGUCUAUCUCCCGUCAAAGACAGCAACAUUCGACAAACACCUUAGAGAGUUCGAUAAGCAAAAGUAACGGCCCACCCCCUUAUUCACCAGAUCCCGAAGUCACACCAAACACAAUUGAUGGAACCGGAAACACCAGCUUUGCCAAGCCAGUGGAAGAUAUCGACAGCUGGGACUUGAUAUCCCAGCAUCGCCAACAGAUGACCAGACAAGCGGGUGUUGCCAAGAGUGCCCCCAAACAGAAGCAUUUAGAUUUGCAUUACAAUGGACCUUUGAUGAGCAAUGAAAAAGAAAAUAGCGACGCUUAGGGCUUGAGUGCAUGAACCUGACGUAAUCUUUCAUACAGAACCAUAUACAAACAUAUUCUAGACGUGUUGGAGUUUUCAUCGCCCUUUUUAAAAGUAGGGUUUCCUUGGCGCGUAUGUAAAAUGCAGCGUAUACACGUACGCAAGAAUGACUAAGUGGAAACCAUUGAAAUA